UAAAAGAUCUGGGUCAGAAACAGAAGAGAAAGAGAGAGAGACAAGAAAGAAAAAGGGAAAGAGAGGAUAAACAGUGUGUCUUUGGAAAACAUGGACAAGACACUCCACGUGAAUCCCUGAAUCCCACCCCCAUUCCCAACCACACACACACACACACACACACACAGAGAGAGAGAAAACCAAAUCCAGAGACACCACGAGAGAGAAAUUGCACAUACCUUUGUCGUGAGGAAAAUAAGGUAUGAGAAAACUUUAAUUCGGACUGAUUACAGCGAUGUGGGGUCACAAACUUCGCCUUCUGCUCCUGAUCCACUUCCUGCUGUCUGACUUGGCUCAUUCCCAAGCCCCGCCCCCUCCUCGCUUCAAGAACAGAAUAGGGUCUGACAUUUUCUCCAUGGUUCCUCUGUCCUCAUCUCCAAUCCCACCAGAGGAAUCGAGGUCCAUCCGAGAUGAAGAACCUCACAGUGACCUCGUCUGGCGCCUGGUUUCUGGCCUUGCGGACUCUUUACGUGGUCUUGUGCAUCUCAAUGGGAAUUUGAGCUGUGUGGAGCUGGAGGCGGGGCCUUGGAAAGAGGCAGGGUUUUCAAGUAAGCUUCUGAGCCUGGUCAUGGUGCCUGUACUGGUGUCUGCAGGAUGUGAACUGGAAGCUGAGGGACUGGUGAGGAACUUGUUCACAAUGCUGGGACAAGACGACACACAGGAGCUUUUGGAGGACAUAGUAGCUCUGAUGAGAAAGUCAUCUGUACAUAGUUUAAAAUCCGUAUCCAUUCCGUCAAAACCGAGCGGUCAGUCGGCACGUCACCUGAAAGCUAUGAUGUUUAACAUCCAACAGCUGGUGGAGGAUGUAGAAGAGGGUGAAAAUGCUCCUGGCUUAGAGAGGCGAUAUCAUGGCUGGCUGAGGAUGAAGGACACGGUGUUAUUAGGUCAGAAGGUUGAUCACGGAAAGAUGCGUCUCAAUGAAGCAAAGCGUGUUUGCCAAAAUCUGGGAUUUGUCUGUGCAGGUGUGACUCAGGAAGAUCCCUCCAGCCCUCAGUCGUACCACCUUGUCCUCAGAUCGGGAAGCUGGCUCAUGCCAUCUCCUGCUAACCAAUCGGAGAGCUGGAUUCAGAGAUGUGUGGAGUGGCCUGUACGCUGGCGCAGACAUGCCUCACUUCAGCCAGACUGCACGAAUGAUAAAGAGGAGCGUGUGUAUAAGGUGGUGGAGUGGAUCCCCGCGGUCUCCACCCUCUAUAACCUGGGUACGGCUGUUUAUUACGCCUCCAUGAGCUGCCCGGAUACAGCGAAAGAAAGAGCCCUGAUGACCGCCGUGGAUCUAGGAACCGACGCAGUCAUGGCAGCCACAGGCGGCACCGCGGGCAUUGCCGGAUACGCACUGGGGGCGGGGCUCAAAACGGGCUUAAAAGCUGGGGUUAAAUAUGUGCUGAACAAAAUGAACCAGGAGGAAGAUCUGCUCAUGAACCAGAACAGCUGGGAGGAAGAAACCUUCAGCUUCCAGUAAUAACAAAGAACGACUAGAAAAUCACGAUCAGAGGUUUUUCCACUAUACAUCAGGAACCGUUCUUUUAGCAACACAAUUUUCAGAAAGCUAUAAAAAGGGUGCCAACAUUUCUAGCUGGGUGUUUCUUUUUAUAUUUGCAUUGGGGGUGGAGCUUGCCGCAUGUUUUAUUGCAGAUUGGUCACAUAAACAUAACAUAAUGCAUAGAACGUAGAGUCACGGUUUUAAACUUCCUUAGAAAGAAAGUUCAUACAACCGAUUCUUUUAUUAAAACACUAUCAGUAUCAAAUACUUUAUAUAUUUUAAGGAGGAUCUAUCAGUUCACAUGGGAUUAGUGAUCUCUGUAUAUGUAGAUACACAGAGAUGGGUGUAUCUUCAUGACUCUCAUCACACAAACAUUUCGAGUAUUUUAACUGGAGGGGGCAUGGCCACGUUUGAGGAUUAGUAGGUCACAUGACCAUAACAUGACUAUAUCUGUGCCUGUGUUAGGAACUCCCUCUCUUCUUCUGUAUUUUACUGCAUUGUGUUUUAAACUUGGCUUCAUUUCAGUUUUAAAGUAAGAGACGAGAGAAAAUAUAAUCUAGGCUUACAAAUACUGCUCUUAUUUCUAAAAAGAAAAUUUUCCAUUUUCCCCUGAGUUUAGUCUUCGCCUGUGAGAUUUCUUUUCAAACUGUUGCUCUUGCUGCGUCACUAAUCGUGGCAUCGUAAAUCAUGAGCUCACAGAUGCGCUGAUUGAUUGACCUCUGUCGUUGUGAUUGACAAGGGGAGACCCCUCCCACACAGUCAGCAUGACCAAAUUUGGGUGUUGUCAAGAUUCAUACUCACAAUAUCACAAAGACCUCGUCAGCACUUUCCUGUUCAGACACUUUACAAAAAAACAAUGGUGUAAUUAUUUAUAAACGAACAAACAAACAAAUAAAUAAAAUUUGAACAGUACUAAAACUCCAGAGAAUUCUGCAGUAACGAUCACAUAACUCUCCUCUUCUUCCACAGAGAAAACUGCAAGUCAGUACACUGGCAUUUUUCUAAUAAACCCAUUACACAGGCUUUUCAGGUUUUACUUCAGAAGCCAUCUUUACUUUAGAGAAUUUCUUACACACAUCCUCACACGUUCAUACUCUUCAAUCUUCUUCUUCUUCUACUUCUUCUCCUUCUUUGGGCUUUUCCCUUCAGGGGUCUCCACAGUGAAUCAUCUCUCUCCUCCUAUCUCUAUCUUCUGCAUCCUCAACACUUACACCCACUAGCUUCAUAUCCUCAUUUAUUACAUCCAUAUACCUCCUCUUUGGCCUUCCUCUUUUCCUCCUGCCUGGCAGGAUGGAAAAGGCUGGUUUCUAAAACAUCACAGUAUCUAAUCUAAUGUGUGCAAAAAUGUCCGAGAUCUGACUUGAAAAUGAGAACACAGCAGUUUACCCUGAUUUUACUGACUUUAAACAAAGCUAAAUUCUUCAUAUGUUCCACUGCAGUCAUGUUUUUCUGGAUUAAAAUCUUUUUCAUCUCAUCCUCACUCUGAUCUUUAUCUGUGUUUCUCUUUAGUUCCAGCUUUGGCGCGUACUUUAUGAAAAACAUUAUAAAAAUGCCAGGAAGUAAUUAAACAAUCAGAUCUUUUGCUGUGGGGUGAAGUGGACAUGUGACUCAUCACAGGCUCCAGGUGUGUCCAGGUGUUAAAGAGAUUAAAGACAUCUGUCAGGGUUUUCAGUUGACUGAAUGAUUCAUUUACUAACAGUGCGAUGAUACGAUGAUACAAAUUAUACCUGAUGUAGAUUAUAUAGUAUAUCUAAAACUUUAUACAUCUCUUUCUGUCAGGUGUUUAUAGCGACAGAAAUAAAGAAAUUGGAAAAUUUCUUACUGAAACGUUUUAUUUUUGUUGUAAAAGUGCUUACAGAAACAAGCUUUGGCUAUGCGUGACUUUACUGUGGAGAUUAAUUUGUAUUCUUAUCUUUAUUAGAUUAGUUUCCUCUAACAGCACACACUUUAUUCCUCUUAUACCACAGCAAUUUCACUGAUCAUAUCACAAGUUUAUCAAGUCCUGUUCUAGCAGCUACACUAUUUUGCCAAAAGUAUUGGGACACCCCUCCAGAUCAUUGAGUUCAGGUGUUGUUUUUCAGGGGUUGGGUUCGGUCCCCCGGUUCCAGUGAAAGGAACUCUUAAUGUUUCAGCUUCAUACCAAGACAUUUUGGACAAUUUCAUGCUCUUUGUGGGAACAGUUUGGGGAUGACCCCUUCCUGUUCCAACAUGACUGUACACCAGUGACCAAAGCAAGGUCCAUAAAGACAUGGAUGAGUGAGUUUGGAUCAUCCCCAAAAUGUCUUGGUAUGCUGGAGGUGAUUUGGAGGGGUGUCCCAAAACUUUUGGCAAUAUCGGUCUUUCCCUCACCAACGUCUCUCUGCUCCUCGUGUAGAACUCCUCUGUCCUGAAGAUGUGGGAAAAUUUCCAGCUCUGACUGUUACACAGCACUGACACUGGAGACUCCUUCCACACAUGUGAAUGAACUGUUGCUAUAGAAAUGAUAAGGUGUAUUAAUAAAAACCUGCGCUACAGUCAGAGCUGCUGUUAGAGAGAAUAAAUCAAGACCUGAUCCACCAAUCAGAGUCCAGAACUCAAAAACCAUGUGGUAUAAAAGUGACACAUGCCAAAACAACAGGAGUAAUGAUGUAUUGUGUUUAUUUAUUUAUUUAUUUAUUUUGAAAGUUAUUUUCAAAGUGUGGUCUGAAUGAAUCGAAGUCAAAAACGAUUCUGAAUCUGAAUCAAAUCGAUCAAAUUUGAAAAAAACUAUGUAACUAUUUAAUAUUUAAAUUCAGUUGUUUUGAGUGAGUGUUUUUAUGGUUAUUCAUGGAGGCAUGUUAGUUUUGAAGAUUUUAAAGGAUUGAGAGAUUUAUAUUCCAGAUUUUUGAAGU